AUGUCCUCCGUCCGCACAAACGUCCCAUAUGGCUCCCACCCCCUCCAAACCCUGGAUGUCUGCCACCAGAACCCCUCCCCCGCCGCGCCCUGGCUAAUCUACAUCCACGGAGGUGCCUGGCGCGACCCCCUGAUUACAAAAUCUACAGCACACCCGCUCCUGCACCACAUCCUCCUCACGCACCCUACCCUCAACGCCGCAACACUAAACUACCGCCUCUCACCGCACCCCGACCAACCUCAAGCCACUGCCCGCCACCCCGACCACCUCAACGACGUCCUCUCUGGAAUCUUCUAUCUGCGCGAUAAUUAUGGGGUGGCCCCUAACCGUGCCGUUCUUGUGGGCCACAGCGCCGGCGCAACACUGGUCUUCCAAGUUCUGCCGCAGCUGGGGGCAGCGGGGCUAUGGCCGGCGGCUGUUGUGGGUGUCGAGGGUAUCUAUGACCUUGUGGGGCUAGUCGACGAGUAUCCGGGGUAUGCUGGGUUUGUUGAGGGCGCGUUUGGAGAGCGGGAGAGGUGGAGUGCGGCGUCACCAGGGUGGGAGGGAUGUAAGGGCUACAAAGGAAGGACAGUGCUGAUGCACUCGGAUGAUGAUGAGUUGCUGUCGUGGCGGCAGACGCUGGCAUGGAGGGCACGAAUUGAGGGAGCGAGGGGGAAGGGAGGGAAGGGACAGCGGGUAAGGCUUGUGAGGGCACGGGGCCUUCAUGAUGAGGUUCCGGAGGGGAGGGAGCUUGCGGGAGUGGUGAGUGAGCUGGUGGGGGAGAUGACGGUCAAGGAGACGGAGGUUAGGCAUAUGUUAUAG